UCUUUUGAAGUUCCUAUUUUAUUUGUUGGCUACACUUUUGUUUGAUUUUUAAACCGAUAUUCAAUAUGUUUGGCUGCACCAUUUGUGAGCACAGGAAGAGUGUGCUAAGCACUCCGCCGGAGUUCGAGCUUCGGCGUCUUAGGGCAAACACGGAUGAGAUGGAAAUCUAUGGUCUAUCCAACUAUUGCAAUGUUUGCCAGCGUGUUACCUUUUUUGUGAAUCCACAGAACUUUGAGGGCCCUUCUCGCGCCUCAUUGGCAUGGAAUAUGUUUUGUUUUGCGGCAGAAAAGUUGGGCAGGUUGCCGACGCAGGAUGCAGAAGUGCAGACAAAACUUUCGGAAAUAUUCCGGGAGACGGCUGGUCAGCUGGAUGCACAAGAAUCAUCCUCUGCGGAUCUGAGGACACGGCCUACUGCUGUUCCGCAGUUUGAAGACACAGAGGAAGAAGAUUCCGCCACGGAAGUGAGUGAAACCGAUUCGGGGAUCACUCCAGUCAUAGGCGAUGUGCUGGACUCUGAAACGGAUUCUGUUAGUUCUCACAGCGUCAUGGACGUAAAGGUGCUCUACCGCCGUCAACCGAAUCCACAUAACAGAGAUCGUCCCAGCUCCACGCUGAAGAUCAGCGCCGUGGGCCACUUGAGCGCAAGAGGCUGGCCUCGACAGCAGCGCAAACUGAAGGAGAACCGAAGGCGGCUGGAGGAAUUGGCCAGCAUCAUGCGUCGCAUCGAAGCGAAAUCCAUCAAGCUGAAGUCGGAAAUGGUGGAGCUGGAGGACAAGCAGCAGCAGGAGGCGACCGUGGAGCGAAAGUCGCGAAGGCAACGCGUGGCUGCGGGCGGUUUGGUGCGCGGUGGUUCAUGGUGGCAACGCGAGAACUUGGAGCGGGUUUUCGGCAAAUGGUCAACGGAGCAAAGAGACACCAGAAUGGAGGCAGAGGCAAAUAUUCUGCUGCAGGCCAUAAGGCCACGAGUUGGGCAUCAGCGCAGGCGGAAGGAUGAUCAGGAAUCAGACAAAGAUCCGAGGGGAUCCAAGGAGCAUCGCUUGAAGAAGUGUGGAGCAAAGAAAGAACACAAAGAUGAGCGCAGGGAGACGGACAAUAACACGGAUUGGUCUAUGCAGAAUUUAUACAUAAACUCAUCCUCGACAGCGGAGAGAGCAGCCAUGCCUGACAGCUCCAGUCUCAGGGACAAUGAGCAUCUUGGCAAUCACCUGGAGAGUCCCAAAGAGAAUCCUGCACAGUUGCUGCAGAUCUGCAGGAAGCCCAUAGUCUGUCCAAUUGAUGGAGAGUGCCAGCAGCGCUGCUUUGUCUCGGACUUCAACACUCACGUGCAGCGCGACCAUCAAAAUGUUAUGUUGGAGCGCAUCAAAGUGGGGCAGACAAAGACCUUCCUGCUGGAUCUGAGACUCACGAAGAGGAGUCAACCCACGUGCCACAUGGUGUACUUUGUCAGGGAUCUGCUCAUCGACUCUCGAGGCGACAUGCUGCCCGUGCUCGUCAUGACUGCCCGCAGCCAUUACUGUGAUGUGUUUCCUGACAAGAUCAGCACCAAGGAUGCUGUCGCCCUGGAGGAUGAAGCGACGCAGUUUCUGCUCAUUUGGAUAUGCAGCUACAAGCCCACGAAUGCUCAUGUAAAGGCCACACUCUCCGUGGAGGCCACGUGCUCCGACAUGGCCGAGAGCCUGAUGGUGCGUACCGCACCGGUCUACGAUAUGCGAGCGCCGCAGGAUAUGCCCAGCAUUUUCCAGAGUCCUUCCACACUGGUCAUGCAAUACAACUUGGUUCGACGCAUCACACAGCGGGGCAAGCACUUGCUCACCGUUAAGGUGAAGAUUGAGUAGGGAAUUUAUUUACUUUGGAUGAUAAAAAUUGAAUGUGCUUAGGCAACUUUCAAGCUAGAAGCAAGCUGCAUUGUAGCUACAUGAAAACUGCCGCCUCACAAUGCAUUCGAUCCCAAAUUGUACAAGUUUUUGCCUUCUGCACAGCAUUUU